UUUCCAUUUCGGGGCUCUUAGGAGUACAGCUGCUGCGAACAUUUGAGCACAUGUCUGGUGGACGCGUGUUCUCAUUUCUCUUGGAUGUUGGCCCUGUGACCCUCACGGAGGACCCAGCGGUGUUCCAGAGGGAGUUGAGAGAACUCUACGUGCAGGGAGGCGGUGACUGCCCCGAGAUGAGCGUGGGGGCCAUCAAGGCCGCUGUGGAGGUCUCCUACCCCGGCUCCUUCAUCUUCGUCUUCUCAGACGCCCGGGCCAAGGACUAUCACAAAAAGGAUGAGCUGCUGCGGCUCCUGCAGCUGAAACAGUCGCAGGUGGUCUUCGUGCUGACGGGGGACUGUGGUGACCGCACGCAUCCCGGCUACCUGGCCUACGAGGAGGUCGCUGCCACCAGCUCUGGGCAGGUGUUCCACCUGGACAAGCAGCAGGUGACCGAGGUGCUGAAGUGGGUGGAGUCAGCCAUCCAGGCGUCCAAGGUACACCUGCUGUCCACGGACCACGAGGAACAGGGCGAGCACACGUGGAGGAUCCCCUUCGACCCCAGCCUGAAGGAGGUCACCAUCUCCCUGAGCGGCCCGGGCCCCGAGAUCGAAGUCCGAGACCCGCUGGGGAGGAUCCUGCAGAAGGACGAGGGCCUCAACGUGCUUCUCAACAUCCCUGACUCGGCCAAGGUGGUGGCCUUUAAGCCGGAGCAUCCUGGGCUCUGGUCCAUCAAGGUCUACAGCAGCGGCCGCCAUUCGGUGAGGAUCACGGGCAUCAGCAACAUCAACUUCCGCGCCGGCUUCUCCACUCAGCCCUCUCUGGACCUCAACCACACCAUCGAGUGGCCCCUGCAAGGGGUGCCCAUCUCCCUGGUGAUCAACUCCACGGGCCUGCAGGCCCCUGGCCGCGUGGACUCGGUGGAGCUCUCACGCAGUUCAGGGCAGCCCCUCCUGACUCUGCCCACGCAGCUGCUCUCCAACGGAUCCACCCAUCAGCUGUGGGGUGGGCCACCCUUCCAUGCCCCCCAGGAGCGCUUCUACCUCAAGGUGAAGGGCGAGGACCAUGAGGGGAACCCCCUCCUUCGUGUCUCUGGAGUUGCCUAUAGUGGAGUGGCCCCAGGCGGGCCCCUGGUCAGCAUGCCCCCCCGGAUCCACGGCUACCUGCACCAGCCCCUGCUGGUCUCCUGCUCGGUGCACAGCGCCCUCCCCUUCCGGCUGCAGCUGCGGCGGCAUGGAGCCAGGCUGGGCGAGGAGCGGCACCUGCAGGAGUCGGGGAACAGCAGCUGGGAGAUCCCGCGGGCCUCCAAGGCCGAGGAAGGCACGUACGAGUGCACAGCGGUCAGCGGGGCUGGGACCGGACGGGCGCAGGCCCUGGUCAUCGUCACAGACCCUCCGCCACAGCUGGUCCCGGCGCCCAACGUGACCGUGUCCCCAGGGGAGACGGCCACCCUGUCCUGCUGGGUUCUGGGAGAGGCCCCCCACAACCUGACGUGGGUGCGGGACUGGCGGGUCCUGCCGGCCUCCACGGGCAGAGUCAGGCAGCUGGACGACCUGUCCCUGGAGGUCAGCGCCGUCGUCCCCAGCGACGGCGGGCGGUACCAGUGCAUAGCCAGCAACGCCAACGGGGUCACGAGGGCAUCCGCCUGGCUCCUGGUGCGAGAGGCCCCGAAGGUCAGCAUCCACACCAGGUCCCAGCGCUUCUCCCAGGGCGUGGAGGUGAGGGUCAGCUGCUCGGCGUCUGGGUACCCCGCACCCCACAUCUCCUGGAGCCGUGACGGUCACACCCUGCAGGAGGACAGCAGAAUCCACGUGGAUGGCCAGGGAACCCUCAUCAUUCAGGGACUGGCCCCAGAGGAUGCCGGGAAUUACAGCUGCCAGGCUGCUAACGAGGUUGGCACAGACGAGGAAACGGUCACCCUCUACCACACAGACCCACCCUCGGUCUCCGCCGUCAAUGCGGUGGUGCUCGCCGCCGUGGGACAGGAGGCCGUGCUGGCGUGCGAGGCGUCCGGGGUGCCGCCGCCCCGGCUCAUCUGGUAUCGAGAGGGUCUCGAGAUGAUUCUGGCCCCCGAGGACUCGAGCUCCGGGGCGCUGCGGAUCCCGGUGGCUCGGGAGAGGGAUGCUGGCGUCUACACCUGCCGAGCCGUCAACGAGUUGGGCGCCGCCUCUGCGGAAAUCCGGCUGGAGGUUGGACGGGACAGCCAGCCGCUGCAGCCGGGCCGGGGCAGCAGGACCAGGCAGCCCGAGUCAGGAGUGCUGUUUUUUGAAAGUGUGGUCCCUGAAGACCAGGCCCCAUAUGUCUGUGAAGCGCAAAAUGUUUUUGGGAAGGUCCAGGCAGAGACCCGGCUCCUGGUGACGGGACACGCCCCCCCACAGAUCGCCAGCGCCGCCCCCACCGUGCGGGUGCUGGAGAGGCAGCCCGUGUCGCUGCCCUGCAUCAUCCUGGCCGGGAGGCCCUUCCCCGAGAGGCGCUGGCUCAAGGCCGGCCAGCCACUCCCGGCCGGCAGCCGGCAUUCGGUGCGAGCUGAUGGCAGCCUCCACCUGGACCGGGCGCUGCAGGAGGACGCGGGGAAGUACAGCUGCGUGGUCACCAACACGGCCGGCUCCCAGCACAGGCAUGUGCAGCUGGUCGUCCAGGUGCCCCCUAGAAUCCGGCCCACUGCCACCCACCACGUCACCAACGAAGGGGUUCCGGCCUCUCUCCCCUGCGUGGCCUCAGGAGUCCCCACCCCCACCGUCACCUGGACCAAGGAGACCAAUGCCCUGGCCUCCGGCGGUCCCCACUACAAUGUGAGCAAGGAUGGCACCUUGGUCAUCGCCCAGCCGUCCCCCCGGGACGCAGGGGCCUACGUCUGCACGGCCACCAACAGCGUGGGCUUCUCUAGCCAGGAGAUGUGGCUGUCCGUCAACACCAAGCCCAGGAUCCACGGGAAUUUCUCACGUGAUGCCGACGAGCCUCUGAGAGUCACAGCCAAGGCCGGUGACGAGGUGACCCUGGACUGCGAGGCCCAAGGCUCCCCACCCCCACUGGUCACCUGGACCAAGGACUCCCACCCUGUGCCAGCCGCCCCUGACAGGCAUCGCCUCCUCCCGUCGGGCUCCCUGCGUCUGGCCCAGGCGCAGGCGGGUGACAGCAGCCUCCACUCCGCCGCUCGGCACUACGUCCUCGGGGUGCAAGUACCCCCUCAGGUGCAGCCAGGCCCGCGGGUCCUGAAGGUCCUGGCGGGUGAAGCUGUGGACCUGAACUGCGUGGCCGAGGGCACCCCAGAGCCCAGGCUGAACUGGUCCAAGGAUGGGGAGGCCCUGCGGGGCGGGGGGCCCGAGGGCUCCGUCCAUUUUGCAGCCAUCCGAACUUCUGACGCUGGCAUGUACCGCUGCGAGGCCGCCAACAGCGCCGGGGUAGACGCCUGGGAGCUGGAGCUCAGGGUGCUGGAGCCACCGCACUGGGGAGCUGAUGAGACCGGCGGGCUGCUGGAGAGAGUGGCAGGGGAGAACGCCAGCCUGCCGUGCCCUGCCAGAGUGCCCCCCAGCAUCCGGGAGGACGGACGCAGGGCCAACGUGUCGGGCAUGGCCGGGCAGGCCCUGACGCUGGAGUGUGACGCCAACGGCUUCCCAGCCCCUGAGAUCACGUGGUUCAAGGAUGGGCAGCUGAUCCCCGAGGGGGACAGCCACCGCCUCCUGAACGAGGCCCGGGCCCUCCACCUCCCCCGGAUCCAGGCGGGCGAUUCUGGCCUCUACUCCUGCCGGGCGGAGAACGCGGCGGGCACCGCGCAGCGGGACUUCGAGCUUCUCGUGCUCAUCCCACCCUCUGUGCUUGGAGCUGGGGCUGCCCAGGAGGUGCUGGGCCUGGCUGGUGCCCAGGUGGAGCUGGAAUGCCGGACCUCAGGGGUCCCUACGCCCCAGGUGGAAUGGACCAAGGACAGGCAGCCCGUCCUUCCCGGGGACCCGCACGUCCAGCUCCUGGAGGACGGCCAGCUGCUCAGAAUCACCAGCAGCCACCUGGGCGACGAGGGGCGGUACCAGUGCGCGGCCGUCAGCCCGGCCGGCCAGCAGGCCAAGGACUUUCAGCUCAGAAUCCACUCACCUCCCACCAUCUGGGGCUCCAACGAGACAAGUGAGGUGGCCGUCAUAGAGGGCCACCCGGCGCGGCUCCUGUCCCGCAACCCCGUGGGCGUCGCGGAGAAGGCCGCCAGGCUGGAGGUGUACGUCCCGCCCACCAUCGAGGGCGCCGGCGAAGGGCCGCACUUGGUGAAGGCGGUGGCUGGGAGGCCCUUGGGCCUGGAGUGCGUGGCCAGAGGCUACCCACCCCCCACCCUGUCCUGGCACCACGAGGGGCUGCCCCUGGCAGAGAUGGCCACCAGCCCCGCGGGGGAGGCCGUGCUGCAAUACGCCGUGGACGUGCAGGUGCCCCCACAGCUGCUGGUGGCUGAAGGUUUGGGCCAGGUGACCACCCUCGUGGGACAGCCCCUGGAGAUCCCCUGCCAGGCCUCAGGCUCCCCGGUGCCCACUAUCCAAUGGCUGCAGAACGGCCGCCCGGCCGAGGAGCUGGUGGGGGUGCAGGUGGCCUCUCAGGGGACCACCCUGCACAUCGACCACGUGGAGCCGGGCCACGCGGGCCUCUUCUCCUGCCAGGCCACCAACGAGGCAGGCACCGCAGGGGCCGAGGUGGAGCUGUCUGUGCACGAGCUCCCAUCGGCGGUCAUCGUCGGCGGUGAGAACAUCACAGCCCCCUUCCUGCAGCCUGUGACCCUCCGGUGUGCAGGGACUGGGGUGCCUACCCCGAGCCUCCGCUGGUGGAAGGAUGGGGUGGCCCUGGCAGCCUCGGGGGGGAACCUGCAGAUUGAGAAGGUGGACCUGAGGGACGAAGGCGUCUACACCUGUGUCGCCACUAACUUGGCCGGCGAGAGCAGAAGGGAUGCGGUGCUCAAGGUUUUGGUGCCCCCCAACAUUGAGCCAGUCCCGGCCAACAAGGCAGUGCUGGAAAAUGCCUCCGUGACCUUGGAGUGCCUGGCUUCCGGCGUGCCCCCUCCAGACAUCUCCUGGUUCAAGGGCCGCCAGCCUGUCUCUGCUCGGAAGGGAGUCACGGUGUCAGCUGACGGGAGAGUUCUCCUCAUUGAGAGAGCCCGACCUUCGGACGCUGGGAGCUACCGCUGUGUGGCGUCCAAUGUGGCGGGUCGCACGGAGCUGCAGUACGGCCUGCGGGUCAAUGGUGAGCUCCCCACCCUGCUGUGGCUGAAGGAUGGAAACCCUGUGUCCACGGCAGGGACCUCCGGCCUCCAGGUCUUUCCCGGGGGCCGCACCCUCACGCUGGCCAGUGCCCGGGCCUCCGACUCUGGCACCUACUCCUGCGUGGCCGUGAGCGCCGUGGGCGAGGACCGCCGGGACAUCGCCCUGCACGUCCACGGCCGCCCCCUGGAGCUGCGGCCCGGCCCCCGCCUCUCUGCAGACAAGGCCUUGCUGGAGGUGGACAGGGCAGAGGUGUGGGACGCAGGCCGCUACACCUGUGAGGCGCUGAACCAGGCCGGCCGCUCGGAGAAACACUACAACCUCAACGUCUGGGUCCCUCCAGUGUUCCCCUCGAGGGAGCCCCGCAUCUUGACUGUGACCGAGGGACACCCCGCCAGGCUGUCCUGCGAAUGUCGGGGUGUCCCUUUCCCCAAGAUCACCUGGAGGAAGGACGGUCAGCCCGUGCCCAGGGAGGGGGCCGGCCUCGGACAGGUGUCGGCGGUGGGGCGGCUGCUGUACCUGGGACCAGCCCAGCCGGCCCAGGAGGGAACGUACACCUGUGAGUGCAGCAACGUGGCCGGAAACAGCAGCCAGGACCAGCAGCUGGAGGUGCAUGUUCCCCCGCAGAUCGCUGGCCCCCGGGAGCCCCCCGCACAGGUCUCCGUGGUCCGGGACGCGGAGGCCACUCUGGAAUGCAACGCCACGGGGAAACCCCCACCCAGGAACCAGGGUCAGAGCCUGCACGUGGAGCGGGCACAGGCUGCCCACGCGGGACGCUACAGCUGCCUGGCCGAGAACGUGGCUGGGAGGGCCGAGAGGAGGUUUGCGCUGUCCGUGCUGGUGCCCCCAGAGCUCAUCGGAGACUCGGACCCGCUGACCAACGUCACUGCCGCCUUGCACAGCCCCUUGACGCUGCUCUGUGAAGCCACAGGCAUCCCACCCCCGGGGGUCCGCUGGUUCCAAGGGGAGGAGCCCAUCAGCCCCGGGGAGGACACCUACCUCUUGGCGGGUGGCUGGAUGCUGAAGGUGACCCGGACCCAGGAGCGAGACAGAGGCCUCUACUCCUGCCUGGCCAGCAACGAGGCUGGGGAGGUGCGGAGGAACUUCAGCGUGGAGGUCCUGGUUCCUCCCAGUAUCGAGAACGAGGACCUGGAGGAGGUGGUCAAGAUCCCCGAGGGACAGACAGCCAACCUGACGUGCAACGCCACAGGCCACCCACAGCCCAGGGUCACGUGGUUCAAAGACGGCCGGCCCCUGGCUGGUGGAGACACCCAGCACAUCUCUCCAGACGGAGCCCUUCUGCAGGUCCUCCAGGCCAACCUGUCCAGUGCCGGCCACUACUCCUGCAUUGCAGCCAACGCCGCGGGGGAGAGGACCAAGCAUGUCCAGCUGAGCGUCCUGGUGGCUCCCUCCAUCCUGGGGGUGACCGAGGACGGUGCAGACGAGGAGGUGACCGUGACCAUCAACAACCCCAUUUCUCUGAUCUGUGAGACGCUGGCCUUCCCCACCCCCACCAUCACCUGGAUGAAGGACGGGUCCCCAUUUGAGGCCUCAAACAACAUCCAGCUGCUCCCAGGUACCCACGGGCUGCAGAUCUUGAAUGCCCAGAAGGAAGACGCAGGCCAGUACACCUGCGUGGUCACCAACGAGCUUGGGGAGGCCGUGAAGAACUACCACGUGGAAGUCCUCAUCCCCCCUUCCAUCUCCAAAGACGACUCCAUGGGAGAGGUCGGUGUGAAGGAAGUGAAGACCAAGGUCAACAGUACCCUGACCCUGGAGUGUGAGUGCUGGGCGGCGCCCCCGCCUGCCAUCAGCUGGUACAAGGAUGGACGGCCCGUGGCCCCCCACGAGCGGCUCCGCGUCCUGGGUGAAGGGCGCCUGCAGAUCCAGCCCACGCAGGUCUCAGAUUCAGGGCGGUACCUGUGCGUGGCCAGCAACGUAGCCGGCGAGGACGACCAGGACUUCAGCGUGCUCAUCCAGGUGCCCCCCAUGUUCCAGAAGGUGGGUGAUGCCAGUGCAACCUUCGAAAUCCUGUCCCGGGAGGAGGAGGCCCGGGGCGGGGUGACGGAAUACCGGGAGGUCGUGGAGAACAACCCCGCAUACCUGUACUGCGACACCAACGCGGUCCCGCCCCCGGAGCUCACCUGGUACAGGGAGGACCAGCCCCUCUCGGCCACAGACGGGGUGUCUGUCCUGCAAGGAGGCCGGGUCCUGCAGAUCCCCCUGGUGCGCGCGGAGGAUGCUGGGAGGUACUCGUGCAAGGCCUCCAACGAGGUGGGCGAGGACUGGCUGCACUACGAGCUGAUGGUGCUGACCCCACCUGUGAUCCCGGGGGACACGGAGGAGCUGGUGGAGGAGGUGACCGUCAAUGCCAGCAGCACUGUCAGCCUACAGUGUCCAGCCCUGGGCAACCCCAUGCCCACCAUCUCGUGGCUGCAGAACGGGCUGCCCUUCUCCCCGAGCCCACGGCUGCAGGUCCUGGAGGACGGGCAAGUCUUGCAGGUUUCCACGGCAGAGGUGGCCGACGUUGCCAGCUACAUGUGUGUGGCCGAGAACCCGGCGGGCUCCGUGGAGAAGCUCUUCACACUUAGGGUGCAAGUCCCACCACACAUCACAGGCCUGGACUCAGAGCAGGUCACCGCCAUCCUCAACAGCAGCGUGUCCCUCCCCUGUGACGUCCGUGCUCACCCGAGCCCCGAGGUCACGUGGUACAAGGACGGCCAGGCCCUCUCCCUGGGAGAAGACGUCUUCCUCCUGCCUGGCACCCACACGCUGCAGCUGGCCCGGGCGCAGCCGGCAGACUCCGGGACAUACAUGUGCGAGGCCCUCAAUGCCGCCGGCCGAGACCAGAAGCUGGUGCGGCUCAGCGUGCUGGUUCCCCCCACCUUCAGGCAGGCUCUCAGCGGCCCCCAGGAUGGGUUCCCGGUGAGGGCAGGGGACAAGGCCGUUCUGAGCUGUGAGACAGACUCGCUCCCUGAGCCAGCUGUGACCUGGUACAAAGAUGGGCAGCCCCUGGUCCUGGCGCCGCGGACCCAGACUCUGCAGGGUGGGCAGAAGCUGGCGAUCCUGGACACCCAGGUGUCAGAUAAAGGUGUGUACAGCUGUAAGGUCAACAACACGGCUGGAGAGGCCAUGCGGACGUUCGUCCUCACGGUCCAGGUGCCCCCAACGUUUGAGAACCCCAAGACGGAGACAGUGAGCCAGGUGGCUGGGAGCCCCCUGGUGCUGACCUGUGAUGUGACCGGGGUCCCUGCCCCCAGGGUCACUUGGCUGAAGGACAGAAUGCCCGUUGUGCCUCCCACCAUUGAGCAGGGGACAGAGGGCGCAGGGCCCCUGGUGCACAGGGCUGGGGAGCUGGUGAUCCCAGCGCACCCACCUCCACGGCUCCGGCCGCAUCCUCAGGUGAGGGAGCAGCUCCUGGCCCGCUGGCCGGUGGAUCGCAGGCCCGACACCUCCCGGCAGCUGGGCCUUGUUCACCUGCCCACGCGCGGCCUUCAGAGCGGGAGGCAGCAGCACCUACCAGUUGAGGGCAGACCCGAGUCCUGUUGGAACAUGGCGGGUUUGGGAGGCUCUCAGGCGUCCGGGCAGGAUGGUGACCAGGCGUUUGUGGAGAGAGCCGUGUGGGACUGUCAGCAGCAGGUGGUGGUGGGAGCCAGGACUGGCUGCGGCCCCGGGGUGAGUGUGGACUGCACCCCCGGCCACCAGGAAUGGGGGAGAGGAGGGACCUUUGCACUGAGCCCCCCCUUCUCUGUCCUCUCUCCCCCUUUUCUCGAGGGGCUCAGGAUUUCCCGGGUGCAGUUGGCAGAUGCCGGUGUCUUCACCUGUGUGGCUGCAAGCCCCGCCGGCGUGGCCGACAGGAACUUCACGUUGCAGGUGCACGUGCCCCCUGUCCUGGAGCCGGCGGAGAUCCAGAACAAUGUGGCAGUGGUCCGUGGCUCCCCGGUGGUCCUCCCCUGUGAAGCCCAGGGCAGCCCCCUGCCCCUAGUGUCAUGGAUGAAGGACGGAGAGCCCCUGUUCCUCCAGAGUCUUGAGCAGGGUCCCAGCCUGCAGCUGGAGACGGCGGGAGCCGGGGACUCGGGGACCUACUCCUGCGUGGCCGUGAGCGAGGCGGGGGAAGCACGGAGGCACUUCCAGCUGACGGUGAUGGAUCCCCCCCACAUCGAGGACUCGGGCCAGCCUGCAGAGCUGUCGCUGACCCCUGGUGCCCCCUUGGAGCUUCGCUGUGAUGCCCGGGGCACCCCCUUGCCCAACAUCACCUGGCAUAAGGACGGGCAGGCCCUGAACAGCCAGGAGGACAGCAGAGGGACUGGGCAGCAGCUCCGGGUGGAGGCUGUGCAGGUGGGCGAUGAUGGGCUGUACACUUGCCUGGCCCACAACCCUGCCGGUGAAAUCGAGAAGAGCUUCCGGGUCAGGGUUCAAGCCCCUCCAAACGUUAUUGGGCCCCGAGGCCCCCGCUCUGUGGUUGGCCUGGCCCCGGGGCAGCUGGUUCUGGAGUGCUCCGUGGAGGCGGAUCCCGCCCCCGAGAUUGAGUGGCACCGAGAUGGCAUCCUGCUGCAGGCAGAUGCCCACACCCAGUUCCCAGAGCAGGGCCGGUUCCUCCAGCUGCAGGCCCUGAGCACGGCCGACAGUGGCAACUACAGCUGCACGGCCCGCAACGCCGCGGGCAGCACCAGCGUGGCCUUCUGUGCCCCUCCUCCAGAGGUGCCCUCCAUCCAGCCGGGACCACCAGCGGUGAACGCCUCCGUGAACCAGACGGUCCUGCUGCCCUGCCAGGCGGAGGGGGCCCCACCACCCCUCAUGAGCUGGCGGAAGGACGGGGCCCCCCUGGACCUUGGGAGCCCCAGAUUGCAUGUUCUGCCCGAGGGUUCCCUGAGGAUCCAGCCAGUCCUUGCCCAGGACUCUGGCCACUACCUCUGCCUGGCGUCCAACUCUGCGGGCUCCGAUCGGCAGGCCCGUGACCUCCGGGUCUUCGGGUCCCCGCUGGAGCCUGGGUCUCCCCGCUUCUCGAAUGUGGCUGAUGCGGGAGUGGUCGCUGGGGGCGUGGAAGGGGGCAGCUCAUGGGUAACUGGCCAGGCGUUCUCUGUGCCCGGUGCCAGGUCACCGCGGAGGCCUCCACUCAGCAGGUCUCAGGAGACACAGCGGGACGACCGGGGGCUCCUGCCCUCCAACGCCCUACUCCUCCCCGCCCCCGGCCCCCAGGACGCAGCCCAGUUUGAGUGUGUGGUGAGCAAUGAGGUGGGCGAGGCCCGCAGGCGGUACCAGGUGACCAUCCACGUGCCCCCCACCAUCGCCGACGACCAGACGGACUUCACUGUGACCCAGAUGGCCCCCGUGGUCCUCACGUGCCACAGCUCCGGCGUGCCAGCCCCCGUGGUGUCCUGGAGCAAGGCAGGGACUCCCCUGGGGGCCCGGGGGAGUGGCUACCAUGUCUCACCUUCGGGCGCCCUGGAGAUCGGGCAGGCCCUCCCUGUCCACGCAGGCCGCUACACCUGCACGGCCCAGAACUCCGCAGGCGUGGCCCGCAAGCACGUGGCGCUGACCGUGCAAGCCUCGCCCGUGGUGAAGCCAUUUCCCAGCGCGGUCCGGGCCCUGGUGGAGGAGGAGGUGCUGCUGCCUUGCGCAGCCUGGGGUGUCCCCCGGCCCAGCAUCACCUGGCAGAAGGAGGGGCUCAGCAUCCCUGAGGGAAGGGAUACCCAGGUCCUACCCAGCGGACAGCUGCGGAUCACCCACGCCCGCCCAGAGGACGCCGGGAACUACUUUUGCAUCGCCCAGAACAGCGCAGGCAGUGCCGUGGGCAAAACGCGCCUGGUGGUGCAAGUUCCUCCCGUGAUCGAGACUGGCCUCCCCGACCUGGCCACCACCGAAGGCUCCCACGCCCUCCUGCCCUGCACCGCCCGGGGCAGCCCUGAGCCGGACAUCACCUGGGAAAAGGACGGCCAGCCUGUGUCGGGAGCUGAGGGCAAGUUCAGCAUCCAGCCAUCCGGGCAGCUGCUGGUGAGGAACUCGGAGCCCCGCAUUGGCUGGACCGUCAACGACCGGCCAGUCACAGAGGGCGUGUCCGAACUGGACGGGGGCAGCACGCUGCAGAGGGUGGCGGUCAGCAGGGAGGACAGCGGGACCUACGUCUGCUGGGCUGAGAACAGAGUGGGCCGCGUGCAGGCCGUCAGCUUCGUCCACGUGAAGGAGGCUCCUGUCCUACAAGGGGAAGCCUUCUCCUACCUGGUGGAGCCUGUGGGGGGCAGCCUCCGCCUGGACUGUGUGGUCCACGGAGACCCGGCGCCUGACAUCCACUGGAUCAAAGACGGCCUUCCGCUGCGGGGCGGCCGACUCCGGCACCAGCUGCAGAAUGGCUCGCUGACCAUCCGCAGGACAGAGAUGGGCGACUCGGGGCGGUACCAGUGCCUGGCAGAGAAUGAGAUGGGCGCUGUGGAGAAAGUGGUGGUCCUCCUGCUGCAGAGCGCCCCGGUGUUCCAGGUGGAGCCCCAGGACGUGACAGUGAGAUCCGGGGACGACGUGGCCCUGCGGUGCCAGGCCACCGGACCCUCGGAUGGGAGCCUGUGGCUGGAGCGCGUGGAGACGAGGGACACGGGCACAUACGAGUGCGUCGCUCACAACCUCCUGGGCUCUGCCACAGCCCGAGCGUCCUUGGUUGUGAAAGGGGAGCCCCGGGGGGGCCGGGGCAACAUGAUCGGGGUGAUCAAUGGCCAGGAGUUGGGCGUGGCCACUCUCAACGCCAGUGUGCAGCAGGAGGCGCGCUCAGGGGUCACCACCUUGCGGAGCAGCAUCGGCCACAUCCCUGCGAGUGUGGGGCCUCUGAUGCGGGUACUCGUGGUCACCAUCGCCCCCAUCUACUGGGCACUGGCCGGAGAGCAUGGCGACGCCCUGAACGGCCACUCCCUGACGGGGGGCAGCUUCCGGCAGGAGUCGCACAUGGAGUUUUCUACAGGGGAGCUGCUCACGAUGACCCAGGUGGCCCGGGGCCUGGAUCCCGACGGCCUCCUGCUCCUGGACGUGGCGGUCCACGGCGUCAUCCCCGAGAGCCUGGCUGACGCAGAUCUCCGAGCGCAGGACUUCCAGGAGGACUACGUGCAGACGGGCCCCGGCCAGCUCUUCGUGGGCUCCACGCAGCGCUUCCUGCAGGACAGCCGGCCCAUGUCCCUGCGCUGCAACCACAGCAUCCAGUACGAGGCGGCGCGGGGCCCACAGCCCCAACUGGUGCAGCACCUGCAGGCCUCGGCUAUCAGCGCGGCCUUCGACCCUGCGGCUGAGGCCCUGCGCUUCCAGCUCACCACAGCCCUGCAAGCCGAAGAGAAUGAAGGCUGCCCCGAGGGCUUUGAGCUGGACUCCCAGGGAGAGUUUUGCGUGGAUGUGGACGAGUGUGCGUGGCCCACUGACCUCUGCCCGGAGGGACAGCGCUGCGUGAACCUGCUGGGGUCCUACCGCUGCCUCCCCGACUGCGGGCCUGGCUUCCGGGUGGCCGCCGACGGGGCUGAUUGUGAAGAUGUGGACGAGUGCCUGGAGCAGUCUGACGAAUGUCACUACAACCAGAUCUGUGAGAACACCCCGGGCGGGCACCGCUGCAGCUGCCCCAGGGGGUACCGGACCCAGGGCCCCGGCCUGCCCUGCCUGGACAUCAACGAAUGUCUGCAGCUGCCCAGGACCUGUGCCUUCCGGUGCCACAACCUCCAGGGCAGCUACCGCUGUCUGUGCCCCCUGGGCCACAGCCUCCUCCCGGAUGGCAAGGCCUGCACCCCGAUGGAGCGGAGUGCGCAGAAUGUGACCACCGUCAGCCACCUGGGCCGCUUGGUGCCCUGGCUGCGGCCCCGAGCCCUCCUCCCUGGUGGUGCCUACCACGCCUGGGUCUCCCUGAGGCCACACCCCGGGACCCUGAGCAGCAUGGACCGGGCCUGGUGCCCCCCGGGCUUCAUCCGGCAGAACGGCGUCUGCAUGGACCUGGACGAGUGCCGGGUGCGGAGCCUGUGCCAACACGCCUGCCGGAACACGGAGGGCAGCUACCGGUGCCUCUGCCCCUCCGGCUACCGCCUCCUCCCCAGUGGGAAGAACUGCCAGGACAUCAACGAGUGCGAGGAGGACGGCAUCGAGUGCGGGCCCGGCCAGAUGUGCUUCAACACCCGCGGCAGCUACCAGUGUGUGGACACGCCGUGUCCCGCCACCUACCGGCAGGGCUCCAGCCCAGGCCGGCUCACCGUGCGCGCCGCGGCCCCGCGCCGCCAGAGCCUCUACGUCCUGCUCAUAGCCGUGUCCCCCUACCCCUACUGAGGGGGGGCUCGUGGCCGUGGCUGUUGCGCCAGCCGGAACCUCCGGAGAGAGGGGUGGGAAGGAGCUAGAAUAACCCCCCUCGCCCAGGCCCUUGCGUAAGAGGUGUCAUCUUCUCCCGCCUCCAUGCGUCAUCGGGACUUUCAGUCAACACGACCCUGCGGGCAGCCUUGACCCAGGACAGCAGGACCCGAGCUGCCCCUCCUCUCCUUACUCCCCGUGGGGGCGGAGGCCCGAAGGCGGGUGACAGAGGCUGCCCAUAGGCGGCAAAGCCACAGGCAGAAAUGGGGUGAAGCCUGCAGGUCUGACGCCCCCAGGCUUGCCCCAAGCCCCAGGGGCCUGGGCUGGGUAGGACACAGCGUCCAGGCCAGCCCGGGGCAGGGGCAGGGGCAGACCCUGGGGAUGGCAGCGGCUGCCAUUUGCCCACACCUGCACUGUCGCCCGGCCCC